CAAGUAUAAAUAUUUCAUUUCCUAUGCCGUCAUUAAUUGUAAUGGCAAUGAUCGCUUCAAAUAAGAUUUUGAGUACUUCUCUAUUUGUGCGUCUUAGUUUUAUACUUUUAUUAAAUAGUGUUUACACCAGUGCAGAUUUUCCAUGUAUUUCUCGGCGGUAUGCAGAAGAGUCCAUUGUGUGUGUGUGUAACUCAACCUACUGCGACACCUUGGAGAGGAUCCAACCACAAUGUAACACAUACAACAUGUACACCAGCUCAGAGGCUGGAUCAAGAUUCUUAAAAAGUGAGGGAUUUAUCGAAAAUUACGUCACCGCAGACUAUGAAGAGUUCGACAGGAUUCUAGAACUUGUGCCAAACAAACAUUUCCAGACCAUUCUGGGAUUUGGUGCCGCUUGUACAGACGCCGCUGGACUCAACUGGUUAGCUUUGUCAGAAAAAGCGCGUGAGAAGUUUAUCAACACCUACUUCAGCAGUGAAGGAAAUGAGUACUCCAUGAUACGCGUGACGAUCGCCGGUUCUGAUUUUUCUCCCUCCCCUUACUAUUACAACGAGUAUCCGGAAAAUGACAAGGAUCUGACAAACUUCACUCUCAACUGUCCAGAUGUUUCCUAUAAGAUUCCGAUGAUUCGCGCAGCCAUGGCUGCAGCAACGGAUGAGGUGCUUGUAUUCGGUUCUGUGUGGUCACCUCCCCAAUGGAUGAAGUGGAUGAAUAACGACUACGCUAUAAGCCGUUUGAAGAGUGAAUACUUCCAAACCUAUGCCGACUACUAUUGCAAAUUUGCUCAACUGUAUGAAAAACAGGGCGUUCCCAUUUGGGGCGUCACCACAACUAACGAGCCUCUCGAUGGAGCAGUUAUCAAGAUACCGUUCCAGACACUGGGAUGGUCUGUUCAGAAAAUGGGGCAGUUUAUCAAAGAAAACUUGGGCCCUACAAUGAAGACAUGUGUCGAUAAGCCUAUCAAGGUGUUAGCUGCAGAUGACCAACGCCUCACCAUACCAUUAUGGUUCACAGGGUUUGGCGACAUAGAUCCAGAACUUAUGAAUUAUAUAGACGGUGUGGGAAUGCACGGUUACCUUGACUCCUAUGUUCCGGGAGAUAUUAUCGCUGCCAAUUUGAAAAAUUAUCCCGACAAGUUCGUGCUUUCUACAGAAUUUAGUGACACGAGCGAGAGUGGUAUCAACCUUGGUUCUUGGAGGAAGGGUGAAACAUACAUCGUCACCAUUCUCGAUAACCUUGUCAACCAUUACGUAGCCUGGGUUGACUGGAACAUGGCGGUAGAUCUACAGGGUGGGCCGAAUUGGGCGCAGAACUUUGGAGAUUCAGAAAUAGUCGUGAAUUCCACGAGUGACGAGUUCUACAAACAGCCGAUGUAUUACGUUCUCGGGCAUUUCUCAAAGUUUAUACCUCGUGGCUCGAAAAGGAUCGACGUUAUAAGACGGACUGCCGUCAAAGUUGACGUCGAUGAAAACAACAUAUACUCUUCGUAUCCUGACAGAAAGGAUGUUUACGACCACGUCGCUUUCUUAACACCACGCGAGACAGUCGUUGUUGUGUUGGCUAACUAUGAAGAAGACCCACAACAAACAGCGCUGAUAAUUGGCUCCAGGCAGAUCACAGUCGACUUAGAAGCCAAAUCUAUUGUGACUGUAGAAUUUCCAUAUUAUUGUUAAUAACAAAUAUAUAAAUGAGUGUUAA